CUUUCAAUCAUAGGGUUGAUUUUAAUACAUCAAUCAAAUGUUUAACAAGCAUAAUAUCAAGCAAGUGUUGAAAAUAAUGUAUUAUUAAAUGAAUUAAAUGAUUUCUGAAUAUUAAUAUGCGCUAAUAAUAAAAGAAUCACUAAAUAAUUUCGAUUAUUUUAAAUAACUUUUUUGUAGACAUUUUCCCAAUAAAAACUAAACCCCAUAUGGUAUUAAAGUUUUCAGUUUCACUUUCAUCGUUCCCCUCAAUCUUGAAAUCCACAGAAAUCCGCGCAUUCUUCUUUCGCUUUUUCAUUCGUGUAAAUGAAUUGAUCGAGUUAACAACGCGUGAAGUUUUAUUUCGCAAUCCGUGUAUAUUUAUUGAUAAAAAUAUAUCACCAAUAAAAAUUUGCAAUUGCAAAAUUGUUAGCAAUUUUUUAAACUCGGCGAACGCAAUAAUUUUUCGCAUUUCACAAAGUUGUUAAAAGCUAGUGUGACACGCGGUGACGAACGACCUUGUGAAGUUCGACAACGAAGUAAAAUACCUACUUCGGGAAAAUAUUUCACAAUAAUUAUUUUACGAAACCUAAUUAUACAGGUGCAAACAUUUUAAAACUUUAAACAAAAGAGCGGAAGGUACAUGUAAUAGAAUUAACACAAAUUUACCUGUUAUUGAAUUUUUCGCGUUAACGCCCCUCUUCGACGCGGAGGUGGUUCAGCUGGUCGAUACGAAGAUUACAUUCUGCCAUUUCUGGGUAGUGCGGUGAAUAAGUCGGAUCGGUUAUCUGGUGGACAAACAGAGACAGAAUUUAUCAGCAACUCGAAAUUUGCGAUUAAUCAUGAAAUUUGUUGCAACAACAAAAGCACAACUACAACAACAAAAUAAAAAGCAUUAUUCAUUGAAAUUCACUGAAGCUGAGCAAGAAUCGAAACAUAUAAAUAAUUUUCACGCGGUCAAUUUGGGAACAUUGAACAACGUGAGUUUGUGUAGUGCAGUGAAAUUUGCGAAAGUAAAAAAUCAACAACAAAUAAACGAAUAUAAAAAGUUUUCUACUAUUUAUAAAAAUUGGAAAAAUCAAAACUUUUACAUAGCUACGUCUUGAUUAAGUGCAACUUUAAACAAAUUCACCCCUUCAAAAAUUAAUUGGAUUUAAAACCCCAAACCUAUCAACCUUUGAAAAUUAAUUAAAAAAUAAAUAAACAAUUUUGGACAGUUAAAAAAUAAAAUUUAAGUGCAUAAUCAAAUUUACAAGGAAAACCUUUAAAAUUUAUACAAGUUGUAAAAAGUGACCAAAUAAAUAUAACUAGAAAUAUCGCAAGUUAAAUAUAAUUAAAAAAAUACCACUUAAUUUCAAAUAGGCGCGUGAAAAAAUAGUGUAAUAACAAAACACUAAAUAACCUCGUGCUUGGCUGUCAAUCCUUUCAAAAAGACUCAACGCUAGUCUCUUGCAGUCAGUCGUUCAUCAUUGUUCACGCUUUGUGCUGCACCUCCGUAGAGGAAACAAUUGAAGAAGAGUCAGCAAACGUGCGCGCCAACCUCUUUCAAAAGCGUAUAGGAAAGUAUCGGUUACUGUAAAAGCAGCAAGCAGAUAACAUAGAAGAACAAGGCGCUACAACAGGCAUAAUUAAUUAGCUUCUAUCUUUGGCUUCGCAUCCGGGAUUUCAUUUAUCAAUUUUAACCGAUAAACAGAGGUAUUUAGUCAAAAGAACGACGGGUAUUGUAACUGGUAAUACGAUUGCUACCAACUCUACAACGGCUUCCUUGUGCUCAUUCAAAAUUUCCGCUACAUCGCCUAAAUCUAAACGCAAGACGUCGAAUAAAGACAAAAAAAUGCCGCGACGCAACAAGAAAGGUGGCAAAGGCCGCAACGGUGACUCCAACUCUGAGGACGAGUCCUUCAACGAUAAUGCCAGUGUGUAUUCUUAUGUUUCUGAGAAUGCACCUUCAUCCAUCAACGAUAUGGAUGAGCUCUCAUCCAAUGAACGUUUCGAGGAAAAAUUCAUGCAAGCACUCGAAAGUGCUACGGAAAAGUCUGCACAGACACGCACCACAGCUUUGCAGAAUAUCUGUGAAAUUCUCAUGCAUCGCUAUAUGCCCGAUUUCGUAGAUGAUCGCAAGGUGACAUUGAUCGAUUGCAUUGAGAAGUCCAUACGACGUGGCAAAGGCGCCGAACAGUCGGGCGCUGCACGUCUAGCUCCGUUAGUGCUGCUACAAUUGGGCGGUGAUGUUGAAAUCUCAAAAGAAUUGAACCAGUGUCUGCUGACCACCGUGCAAGACAAGGCGGUUUCAUUCGAUGCACGUGCCAAAUGUUGCACCGCUUUAGGUCUAUUGAAUUUCCUCGGUGGCGAAGAUAUUGGUGAUCUUAUCACAUUAAUGCAAUUUUUCGAAGGCAUUUUUAGCGCCAGCUAUUUACGUGGUGACGAGAAAUCGCCAAUAUCGGUGAAUGCCGAGGCAGGCACCUUGCACGCCGAAGCAUUGUCCGCUUGGGGCUUACUGCUCACACUAAUACCAUCGGGUGACUUCGUGUCACUCAUGACCAAUGGACAGCCGAUGUUGCCCUCUGUGAAAAAAUUGAUGGGUCUAUUGCAGUCGCCACAUUUGGAUGUGCGUAUCGCAGCUGGUGAAAACUUAGCACUAAUACUGGAGUGCGGUCGUGCACAUGACAAAGACUUCUUAGAAGAGUAUCUUGGUGAUUUGAUCGAUGCUGUUAAACAGCUAGCUACUGAUUCGCAUAAAUAUCGCGCCAAGCGUGAUCGUAAAGCUCAACGCGCCACAUUCCGUGAUGUGCUGCACUAUUUGGAGGAGGAUACAUCACCCGAAAUCAACAUUCGCUUUGGCACUGAGUGUCUCGUUUUAGAUUCUUGGGCCGUACAUCAUCAAUAUUCAGCGCUGUGCACCAUUAUGGGUCCAGGCAUGACAUCACAGUUGCAAGAGAACGAUUUCAUACGCGACAUCUUUCAAUUGGGCCCUAAACUCGUCGACGAUGGACACACCAAAACCAAACAGUCCAAACUGGAGCGCCAUCUACUAAACGCCGCCGCCUUCAAGGCACGCACAAUAACGCGUGGAAAAAAUCGCGACAAACGUUGUAGUUAUAAUUACUAGGCACAGCUAACUGAUAGAGUAUUGAAAAAGAACGCUUAAACUAAGUUAAAAAAAAAACAACAAACGAAACAUAUUUUGGAGAAUACACACAACUGCGGCGCGUCGUGGUGCGGCCAGAAGUUUAGUCGAACUGCGGCGCAUGCGUAGGAUGACAUUUGUGCAGUUUGCUGACCAAUUAGCUGCUGCUCUUAACAUGCAGUCAGCGUAAAAUGUAUGCGCUAAAGCGUCAGUAGCUAGAAAACUUGCAACUUUCAACCCAGCUGUUGCUUAACGUAUUGCAUUUAACGCUAUUUGCAUGCUCCAGCAGCGCUCAUUUCUCAGUUGGUGUACGCAUGCGCAUCACUUUUUACACCAUUUGAAUUUUGUUGACGGUCAACGCUUUGCUGAAUUUUCGUGUACAUUUUAUUUGCGCUCAAUUUUUAACCCCUGACCCCCCUUGGAUUUAUUGCAACGAAUUCGUGUACACAAGAUUUGUGCAAAUCUUACAAUUAACUUAAAUUUAUGUAGCAAUUUUAUAAAAUGAAACUUUAUUGAAG